UGUAACCGCCCGGCCGCCCCGCCCCGCCCCGCCCGGUCAGGUGGGCCCCGCGGGGCAAAGUCUCCGGGUGGCGACGCGGGAGCGCGGCGGGAUGGGGGUUCUGGGCCGGGUCCUUCUGUGGCUGCAGCUGUGCGCGCUGACCCGGGCCGCCUACAAACUCUGGGUCCCCAACACUGACUUCGAACCCGCUGCCAACUGGAGCCAGAACCGGACCCCGUGUGCGGGCGCCACCGUCGAGUUCCCCGCAAACAAGAUGGUGUCAGUCCUGGUGCGAGAGGGUCACAGCAUCUCAGACAUGGUCUCAGGCUGGCUCCUGCCGCGAGACGGGGAAUUCGUCCUGGCCUCGGGGGCCGGCUUCAGCGCCCCGGACGCCAGCAGGGACCCGGGCUGUGGCACAGGCGCCCCUGCGCUCUUCCUGGACCCCGACCGCUUCUCGUGGCACGACCCGCGCCUGUGGCGCUCCGGGGACGCGGCGCACGGCCUCUUCUCCGUGGACGCCGAGCGCGUGCCCUGCCGCUACGACGACGUCGUCUUCCCGUCCGACGCCUCCUUCCGAGUGGGCCUCGGCCCGGGCGCCCGCCCCGCGCGCGUCCGCAGCGUCCGGGCUCUGGGCCAGACGUUCACGCGCGACGAGGACCUGGCUGCGUUCCUGGCGUCCCGCGCCGGCCGCCUGCGCUUCCACGGGCCCGGAGCUCUGAGCGUGGGCCCCGAGACCUGCGCCGACCCGUCGGGCUGCGUCUGCGGCAACGCCGAGGUGCAGCCCUGGAUCUGCGCGGCCCUGCUCCAGCCCCUGGGCGGUCGCUGCCCCCCGGCCGCCUGCCGUGACGCCCUCCGGCCCGAGGGGCAGUGCUGUGACCUCUGCGGAGCCAUCGUGUCGCUGACCCACGGGCCCACCUUUGACAUUGAGCGGUACCGGGCGCGGCUGCUGCAAGCCUUCCUGCCCCAGCAUCAGGGGCUGCAAGUGGCCGUGUCCAAGGUGCCGCUCCCGCCCCGGCCGCGCGGGACCGCAGGCGCGGAGGCGGCCACGGAGAUUCAGGUGGUGCUGGCAGAGACCGGGCCCCAGACGGGCGGUGCGGGGCGGCUGGCCCGUGCCCUCCUGGCGGACGUCGCCGAGCACGGCGAAGCCCUUGGGGUCCUGUCGGCGACAGCCCGGGAGUCGGGCGCGCCUGUCGGGGACGGCUCGGCGGAGGGGCUGGACGGUUCAGAUUUGCGCGCGGAGCUGGCAGGCGGAGUGACGGCUGGGCUGCUCCUGUUGCUGCUGGCGCUGGUGGCGGGGGUGCUGCUGCUGCGCCGCGCUCCGAGGCCCACGGGGAGCAGGCGCGACGAAGCGGCCUCCGCGCCCGUCGUGGCGCCCCUGGGCUUCUCCAACCCGGUGUUCGACGUGGCGGGCUCUGCUGAGCCGCCUCCCGCGCAGAAGGUGGAAAACAGCGCCAGCCUCAGCUACUUCAUUAACCCGCUUUUCGCGGAGGCGGAGGCCUGAGCAGCCACGUCACUUCUGCCCUCCGCCCGCCCCGCGAAAUGUCCGCGUCUCUGACCUUACGAGAUCCCCGCUCCCUUCACACACUCCUUGUUCCCUGCGGGCAAAGGAUAGGGUGGCUUUGCCCAAUAAAGAGGU